AUGGCGUCCAAAUACAAGGACAAAGACACUGGCGUCGUCCUCAGCUUCAAUGGAAGCUUGGUCAGUUGGGCGCACACAACCGUCGCGUACACCGCCUUCUUCAGCGCAUUGGUUAUCGGCCUCUACCUUCACUAUCACAAGAUCGUCCAGAACGAGUUCUACGGUUAUCCGCAAGAAUGGUUUCCCUCGGUGUCCGCAACAAUCGGUGAUCGAUACCCAGAGCGAUCCUUCUUCAUGAUCUUCAUUGCCAUCACAUCCGGUCCUCGAUUCGCUCUUGUCGGCUUAUGGUAUCUCCUCACGCGCAAACCCGGCCAGAAGCUACCCACGUUCGUCGCUGUCAUGGGACUCGUGCGAACGCUGACCUGCGGCGGAUGGACAUACAUCACCUCUACAGAUGACCACGAUUGGCACGAUAUCCUGAUGAUCUCGUAUAUUGUUGCGACGCUUCCGUGGACGACUGGCUGCAUCGUACUGAGCCCCGCCAACCCCCAGGCAAUUAAAUACCGAAAGUAUCUAGCGUCGGCUUUCUUCGGAACCCUUGUGCCAUUGAUUUACUUUUUUAUUCAGCACAAGGUCCAUCGUGUCGCUGGAGCUUACACCACAUACGCCUUCUUCGAGUGGUCAUUGAUUAUCUUCGAUGUAGCCUUCGACGCCGUAACUGCCCUCGAUUUCAGUACUUUUGAUAUCGAAGUUAGGGACGUCAGGGGUACGAGAAAGGGUGAGAAUCAUUCAUCAGUACCAUCUGCUGUUUUGGAAAAAGAAAAGGAAAAGGAAACUGGUGGCGUCUUAGCUGUUCGUUUCAGCUGGCCCGAGGCACUUGAUAUUGCCGCUGAAAUCUACCAUGGGUACGUUUUCUGGUCUAUCUUGACCAGCCUGGGACUUGUAGUAUGGUACUUCCCACUCUGGUACAUGGGCAUUUCCGGAUACGAAGUUUCGGUUAUGACCACCAUUUCGCCUUUUAUUCUUGCAAACCGCUCGGCACGAUCUCUGGUGGUGAAUAAUCUGCGUGUUGUGCACCUCCUUUCUCUGGCAGGCAUUGCAGCUUACCUAGUCGAGGAACCUACCAUGCGUCUUUUCAGCGUUGGUUUCGGUGUAUUCAUGUCAUGUUUGGGCUGGGCUGGAACUCUUUUCGCGGAGUCUGUACAUGAGGGUCGCCUCGAGUCCAAGAUUCUCGGUUGGAUGAUUGGUCUCAUCCUUUCGUCCACUGCCAAAUUUGCAUGGUGGACCAACAAUCCUAUUUGGCCUAUUAUGCAUGCUGCGAAUGGUGGUUGGAACAACACCGGCCUUGUGCUCAGUAUCAUCGCUGCUCUUCGCUUCACACGAAGAACACCUCUCACUGCUGGUCUCGUUACCAGCCCUGCCAAGACCAGUUCCAGCUUCCUUGCCUCGCUUGGCCUAGCAGGGUUGUUCUUUGGCCUUCACUCGCUGCUCUCCGACACCAGUACGAUGAUCCUCUGGGGCUGGGAAGGAUACCCUAUUCGCGGCCCUUACUUCUCUACCCAUGGCUGGCUCACUGUUCUUGCCAUGUCGCUGGGUGUGUUCAGUGGAGUUUGGCAACCCAGGGUCGCGAGCAGUUGGGGUGCCUACAUUAUUGGCACCGCUGGUGCUAUGUUUUUGACAUUUUUCAGUCAUUGGUCUGGUUACUAUGGUGCCCUUACGCUUGCUACCUACUUGAUGGCAUACUCAGUUCCGAUUCUCGUCCACGCAGCCAAGACGAGUCCUGCAACAACUUUUGGCAAUGGGUUCCUAAUCUACAACUUUUUGGUUCUCUUCCACGUAUGGGUUGUGGCCUAUGCUUUUGUUCCAGGAGGCCAACUUGUCCGCGAGCAUACUGACUGGGUCAUGUAUACCAUGAUGACCUGUAUUGGAGCUGGUGUGUACGGCAUCAAUGUUUCCAGCCCCCAGCGACAAACUCCAAAACGAUCUCUGCCAACUCAGCAACGGAAGCUCUUCGGAAUCUCAACCAUCAUAAUAAACAUCAUGUUUCUCAUCUCGGCAUUCCAGCGCUUUCCUGCAAACAAUCACCAGCCGUAUCACGGAGAGGAUCGUAUCCUGACUGCUGGUAUCUGGACGAUCCAUUUCUCAUUCGAUAAUGAUAUGUGGGCGUCAGAGUAUCGCAUGCGAGAUCUUAUCAAGGAAUUGGAGAUUGAUGUGAUCGGUCUUCUGGAGUCUGACAACCAGCGUAUCAUCAUGGGUAACCGUGACGCUACACAAUUCCUUGCUGAGGAUCUUGGCAUGUACGUCGACUAUGGUCCUGGCCCCAACAAGCACACAUGGGGCGCUGCUCUGUUAUCCAAAUUUCCCAUCAUGAACUCUACACAUCACCUUCUACCCAGCCCUGUUGGUGAGUUGGCCCCUGCCAUUCACGCUACACUGGAUGUCUAUGGUCAGCCUGUGGAUGUGUUUGUCUUUCACUCUGGGCAGGAAGAAGAUCCCGAGGAUCGACGUCUCCAGUCUCUCUACCUUGCCGAGCUCAUGGGCUCAACCCCUCGCCCAGCAUUCUUACUCAGUUAUCUGGUAACAAAGCCAAAGGAGGGCAACUACAACACCUACGUAAGCGAUAAGUCGGGCAUGAAAGACGUGGACCCGUCAGAUUGGGAUCGAUGGUGCGAGUAUAUCCUUUUCAAACGUCUAAAGCGUGUAGGAUAUGCCCGUGUCAGUCGCAGCUCGAUCACGGAUACCGAGCUUCAAGUUGCCAAGUUCAAGAUCCCUGAGUCCAAGGAGGAGAUUGCAAAGUUGGAAGCCCAGUCAGAUAAGGAGCGCAACCGCCAGGUUCAGGAAAAGGACGUGCCUGAAGGAUGGAGAUUCCCUGCCAUGUUCCGGGGUGACGGUGUGCGACAACACCGAUAUCAUGUCUUCAAUGAGCCAAGGUAUUUUAACUAA